CCAAGAAAAACAUCAUAUUCCUUAAAGUCUCCAGGAAUAAGACCAAAUCCCUCAAGACAUGCCUCUACCUCUGUGAACCCAAAGAAUCCUAUGCAGGAGCCUUGCAAGAUCAGCGUCAGUAGAAUUCCUGAAACUGAAAAUGAAUCAACAUUACCCAUCCCAAACUCCCCAAACACACCAUUAACUCCAAGUGUAUUUGCUUCUCCUGAGUGCAAUGUUUUUGAUGGGGAUGUUUCCAGUCCUAGCAGUAGUUCAAGUUCAGUCUGUUCCACAAUCUUUGCUCCUGUUCACAUUGGUGCUGGUAGUAACAUCAAUUUUGCAUCUGUCCUGUUGCCACCAUCAAAACCUCACUCAAGUUCAAGUUAUCAUACUUCAAGUGAAGACUCACCUACUCCUCCACCUCUUCCUCAACGAAAUAAGCCUGCUUUGGAUUUGUUAGAUCCUAAG